UCGGACGGGGAUGUUACACCAUGCGGACUCUCGAAAUAAUGCACCACCCUUAUCUUUUGCCUAUAAAGCACUCUAUUGCAUCUUCUUCCCCAAAUCACCCAGAAGUGAGAGAAUCUGUGAAAGAAGCCAUGGCUGGUUUGAGGAGAGCUCCGUUAUUUAUUUUCAUGGCGGCGGGAGCGGCGAUGUGGUCGGCUUUAGCAGUAAUUAUAACGUGGGCGACUCUCUGGGGUGGACGACCGGUGUGGAUUACAGCACUUGGGUUUCCAACAAGACCUUCAAGGUCGGAGAUAAAUUAGUUUCUGGAUCUUGAUGAGGAGAACGAUGAAACCUAAAUUUAUGUUCGUUGUCCAUGGAUUUAGAUCAGCAUACAUCAAACUCACUAGAACAAAGGCUUCUUUAAAUGAUAGAUCAGCUUGUACUGACAGUUCUAAUAUGCCUGAAAGCUUCACAUUGUAUAUUUUUUUUAAUGUAUUUACACAUCUAA